AUGCAGUGGGAUGAUUACACCUGCGCUUUGGCAUGGGUCUUGAUAGUGGUCAACACAUGUCUUCUCCUUGCCGCCACGCCGUAUGCUUUCGGGCUCCCACCAAAUGAGUUCUUCCUGUCAGACGCGCAAGCUGCAACCAAGUUAGCGUCUAUCUCACAACCAAUCUGGGGGUGGUCUAUGGCCUUGGUCAAGAUAUCCUUCUCCCUGAUGCUUCUUCGGAUCUCUCCCUCGCAAUUCAUGAAGCGCUUCCUCUGGUCCAUGAUCGGUCUACAGAUCAUACUUGCGGUCUACAACACACUAGCAACACUACUGCAAUGCAUACCGGUCGAGAAAGCAUGGGACUUACUCGGUACAGUAGAAGGCCAUUGCUGGAGCAGGACGGGAGUCAGGAUAAGCUCGAUAACCGUCUCCGUCAUCCAUAUCCUCACCGACUUCAUACUCGCCCUUCUUCCCGUAUCUUUCCUUCGUGGGAUCCAGCGUCCGGUUCGCGAACGCGUUGUCGUUGGCGUACUUAUGGGACUCGGCUUCUUCACGGGUGUGGCAUCGAUCUUGAAAAUUAUCGCUGCUAUGAACUUUGGCAAAACGGGCGAUCCGAUGAACGAAAGCAUCGUUGUCGGCAUGUGGUCCGCUAUCGAGGAGCUCGUGGGAUUCAUCGUCAUCUGCAUACCGACUCUACGCUCGCCGUUCCAACAUGUACUGCGUUACCUCGGCGUCGCCAGUGUUCGUCUCAAGAACAACGCGUUCUCCCGCGGCUACGGACGUACACAAGAGUCGGAGGUCAACAGGAACAACUUCCGAAGUCAAAGCCAGAGUCGUCUUGCUACUGUCGAAGGAGACGAAGAGUCCGGCUUCAAAUUGAAGGAGUUGCACACGGAGGGGUCAGAGGGAUCGUCGGACGAGAUGCAUUGGCGUGCGAAUGAGAGGAAUACAGUGGAAGGCCAUCGCUUGAUCAAGUUCAUGAAGGCGCGGAUGCGUCUUGGAAGGGCGAACCACUGGAGUUUGACUUGGGCAUGGCAAGCAGGCACUUAA